UUUUUUUUCUUGUUAUUUUUCAAAAAUGUAUGAUCCUAAAAAUAUAACCUCAGGGAUACCUUUAUUACCCUUUAAUAACCAAGUGGGGGGACACACUUCCAUCUUCCGAUUCACCAAAAAAACAAUUUGUAAGCCAGCUUCUCAAAAGGAACAAGAAGUCUACGUUUAUUUGGAUUCGCAUCAUCCCGAAUUAUUACCUUUCCUAUCACAAUACCUGGGUGUCCUAAAUGUCACUUAUCAAUUAGAUUUAUUACCCGAAGUCAUCUUUGAAAAGAACGAAAAGUUACUCGACGACUGGAAAUCCAUAUACAGUGACAUGGCUCACUCUCCUACCUCAGAUAUACUAGAACAGGACUUUCAACAAUGGUCUCCCAAUGCCGAUGAAUGCAAUUCAAGGUUUAAAGCCUUCCGGAACAGAGUUCUAUAUGAAGCGUUAAACCCUAAUGCCUUAAAAGAAAGAAUACAGAUCGUACGCGCUUGGAAUAAAGAGAAUUGUGCCAUGACCAUCACCUCAAAGCGUCCUUCCAUCAUCACCUCUACCACGUCGGCGCCUCAAUCACCAAGGUUAUCUGCUAUAGAUACCAAUGAAACCAAGACAACCUCCUUGACAUCGGUUCCGCUAGCACUAGAUGAUCCUCCAUCAUCGCCACCACAGCCUACAUGCUCUACUUCCUCCACGGCGCGUUGGCAGCCUCGAAGAGUGCCCAAUAAUCCAUGGAGCCAACAAGUGUAUGAAAAGGAUAUCCAAAAGCUUAAACAAUUAGUAGAAAAGAACCAGGUGAUGAAACAAUUUAUAUUAUUAGAAGAUUUAACAGACGAAGUGCAAUAUCCAUGUGUUCUCGAUCUUAAAAUGGGUACAAGACAGCAUGGGGUUUAUGCCGACGAAAAAAAGGCAUUGAGUCAAACAAAGAAAUGUGCUAAAUCCACCAGCGCCCAAUUAGGUGUUCGUGUGUGUGGUAUGCAAGUGUAUAAAGAAGGCGAAUGUGUAUUUUAUGAUAAAUACAGUGGACGCCAAUUAACACCCGCCACAUUUAGACAGACGCUGGAAAGAUAUUUAAAUCAUCCACAACAAUUAGAGCAAAUCCCUGUUUUACUGAGAAAACUUUCCCGCUUAUCCCGCAUCAUUCGCUCUUUAAAGGGCUACCGAUUUUAUGGUUCUUCUUUACUCAUUAUUUAUGAUGCCAGUGGCAAGAGGAAUAAAAUAGAUGUCCGAAUGAUUGAUUUUGCUAAAACUUUAACUCCAGAUCAGGAUAAUUCGCAUUUCUCUUGUCCUCCUGAACAGCCAAAUGACCCUGAUCAUGGUUAUUUACUAGGCUUAAAAUCGCUGGUGGAUUGCUUCACAAGCAUAUACAAUGAUCAUCAUACCAUAGAUAUAUAAAUAAAAAAAAGUAAAUCAUUUUAUUAUAUGUGUAUGUAUAUAUGUUGAUAAUU